AUGACGAGCCGGUGGCACCAGUACAAGGCCGCCACCGACGCCGUCGUCUCGUGGCUUCAGCGUGUGACGUCGACGGCAACAACGAAGAAGAAGAAGCAGAAGGCGACGACGACGCCCGGGGCAUGGACAACGAAACAGAUCUGGGCCGCCGCUCUCGACGUCGCCGACAAAGGGCUGCUCGUGCCGGCGCACAUCUGGACGGAGCUCUCGACGAGUAUUCGUCUGCGCUGGAUGGCAACACGGUCGCUACCGCCCGACGCUGGCCACAUGCACUUUCUCGACUUGCUGCGCGCGAUUCGAUCCAAGCUCGCGCCGCGACGACCGCCGACUGCAACUCGGCGCACGACGGCGGCAGAAGGUGGCCUCUCGAACCCGUUCAAGGUUCUUGCAGACGAAGACGACGAGGACGAUGACAUGCCGCAUUUUGAUGCGACGGCGUACUCACCUCCAGUGCAGACGUUGCCCGCGGAUGCACGAGUGGCGCAACUUGCCGACGAUCAGUUUCGCGCAACAUGCUUCGUGCUGGACAUGGAUGAGCUCAUGGGCGAGGUGCAUGCUGUCUGGGCGGCCUUCAAGCAAGGCGAGACGACGCUCUUGGCGGCGACCGCCGUUACCAACCACUGCGUCCGCGUCGUCGAGUCCCUUGCGUCCGAGCUUUGUUUGGAGCUUCCGUACCUCAAGACGCUCGGCGACGUUGGUGUUCUUCUUGGAAAAACGCCACUCGCCGCUUUCCUCUUGAGCCACUCGGAUCUCAGCAUGGGCGACACCGUCGACUGGUGCUUGCGCGCGGACGACCACCGCAUUCCGCUCGAUGACCUCGUCGCCACGAUGGCACACACGCUUGGUCUGCCAGAGGAUCGUGCUUCGUUGCUGCAGCUCGCGUAUAUAGCCGCGCUACGCAGCGACUGGACGCAGAAUACGCGGCAUUUUGGCGGCGACAACCAUCUCGGCAAGGUCUACAACCUUCUGGCUAUGGUCGCACCGAUCCUGCAGCCGGGAACACGCAUCGCGGUGACCUCUCGCGUGGCGUGGGACGAGGCCACGGCGCCUGCCACGUCCACCAAAGGGCUGCAUGACAUGCUGUUCUUCGACGUCCUCGUCCCGCUGCUCACGAUCGCCAUGCGGCAGACGUCGGACAAGAACGAUGGCCGCUACGGCAAGUGCACCGGGGCGACACUGCGGCCGUACGUCACGCUUUUGCGCGCGUAUGGCAAGACCAAGGUGGCGUCGACAGAGCUCGUGUUUGCCACACAGUGCCUGCUUGUCUCGAUACUCGCCGUACAAGGGCCGCCAGAGGACGCUAUCACGUGCGCAUCGGUGGCCGCGUCGACCGUCGUGGCGCUCAAGCAGUCGUAUCGCCACGUCCUUCUCGGCUUGCAGCGCCCCAACCUCAUCACCGAGCACAAGCGUGUGUUCGACGCGGACGCCGAGACGCUCCGAUUUGCUCUGUGGGCAGCGACCAAGGACGACGAGUCGUCGGCGGUCGCUCGCACCCGAGCGUGGCUGAACCCGUGGAUGGCCGGGCAGUGGAUGCUCGACGUGGUGAUCUCGGCGCAUCUUGCGCUCGGCUACCGGGCCAUGGACGACAUGCGCCAAACGACCGUCGUCCUGCAUGCGUACAACGCCCUGCGCAUCGUCGGCCGCAUGCCUUCGAUCCCAGCGCUGGAAGCGAUCUCGGACCUCUGCACUCGCGGGUCGCAGUUCUGGGUCGGCGGUCGCCCGAGUGCGCGCGGUGGCUUUGCGACGGCGUUCAAGCUCUCAAUCGGUGCAGCGACGAUCCACAACGCUGGCGAGGUGUGGGCUCGAGAUGCGGGCGCUGCCAAGCAGCGGUACCACGACCAGAAAGACCGCCGCAGCAAGCUUCAGAAGGCGUAUGGCGUGGCGCAGACGCGCGCCGUCAAGCGCCUGACCAUAACGACAAAGCUCAGUCGGUCGUUGCGCCUCCUCUUCAGCGUCGAAGAGCCGACUGACCUCGCCGAUCUCCGGCGCACGCUGGAUGCCGAGUGGCAUGCGUUUUUGCACCUUGACCUCGUGCAUGUCGGCAACGUCUUGCGCCAUAUCUGGUUUGGGCUCCAGCGUCGCUUCGGCGGCCUCGUGGAGCCGGUGGCGGCCAACGACGUCUUCUCCAAGGCGACGGUGACCGCCGCGAUGGAUGGUAUGACCGCGCUUAUGGACACGUGCGACGCCGGUGCUGAUGACCUUUGCGUGAUCGACGCUUUUGUGGCAGCGAUCCACGAGCUCACCGACCAAUUCCAGCAGGACUCAGCAGCCCAAUGCAACCCAAUCCUCCCAUUCUAGUCCGC